AUGGACACCCAGAAAGAUGUUCGACCACCAAAGCAGCAGCCAAUGAUAGAUAUUUGUGGAGAGUGUCACACUGAAAGCGACAUAAAAUCCAGGGAUCCAAUCAAAUGCAGAAAAUGUGGAUACAGAAUAAUGUACAAGAAAAGGACGAAAAGAUUGCUAAUGUUUGAUGCAAAUGGUGGUUAA